AGGUCAUCAUAUGGGAGUGUGGACUGCUGAUUUAAGAAAGAAAGAAAGAAAGAAAGAAAAAAAUACCCCUAAUCUGGAGUUUUGUGUGAAAUUUCCUGAUUUUUAAAUGCUGGAAACUAAAAAACACUCAGUGAGCCAGCAUUGUGCAAGCCCCAGCCCCCACCAACAGAUCAAGGGCCAAAUGUGUCUUCAGUCAGGACAAUUCCAGAAGUGACAGUCUUUGUGCACUGCUGCCCGGGGGCCCCUGCUGGACUCGCCCAGUCCUACCUCUGCCUUGUCUUCUGCCUCUGAGGGUUCCUGUGACGGCCUGGCACCGUGAGGGGCAGUGUGGGGAGAGGCCUUUUUCUCUGUGUACAGGAAAAUUAGGAAAAAACAAAGAAGUCCUGGAAUGCAGUUGGACCAGGAAGAGGGGAGAGAGCAGAGUGGGGUGAGUCUCCCCACAGGAAGGAAAAUAAGCUAUUCUGAGUUCUGGUGGUCAGGCCCGCAAACAAACUCCCUGGUGAGUUUGGGGAAGACUGACAAGGCUGGUACUUGCAAGUCACCUUGGAGUUGACCUAGGACAGCCUUCACGCAGCGUGAGAGGGCCAGCAGGUGAGGGACCCCAGAUGCCAGACAAGGACAGCAAGGCCACCAUGGAUGCAGAAGACACAUCUGGAGGCAAAGCCAGCUCAGAGCCUCAGAACUUGAGGCCUCGUGUGUUUCACAGCAUCAAGUUCUUCGUCCUGUGCCACAGCCUGCUGCAGCUCGCCCAGCUCAUGAUCUCCGGCUACCUCAAGAGCUCCAUCUCCACGGUGGAGAAGCGCUUCGGCCUCUCCAGCCAGACCUCGGGGCUGCUGGCCGCCUUCAAUGAGGUGGGGAACACAGCCUUGAUUGUGUUUGUGAGCUAUUUCGGCAGCCGAGUGCACCGGCCCCGUAUGAUUGGCUGUGGGGCUGUCCUGGUGACCCUGGCAGGCCUGCUCAUGACUCUCCCACACUUCAUCUCGGAGCCAUACCGCUACGACCACAGCAGUCCUGAGGAUAUGUCACAGGACUUCGAGGCUUCCCUGUGCCUGCCUACGACCUCAGCCCCGCCUCCCACUCCCUCCAACGGCAGCUGCUCCAGCUACACGGAGGCCCGGCACCUCACGGUAGUGGGGAUCAUGUUUGCAGCUCAGACCCUGCUUGGUGUGGGUGGUGUGCCCAUUCAGCCCUUCGGCAUCUCCUACAUCGAUGACUUUGCCCACCACAGCAACUCACCCCUCUACCUUGGGAUCCUCUUUGCAGUGACCAUGAUGGGGCCAGGCAUGGCCUAUGGGCUGGGCAGCCUUAUGCUGCGCCUUUAUGUGGACAUUGACCGGAUGCCAGAAGGUGGUAUCAGCCUGACCUCAAAGGACCCCCGAUGGGUCGGUGCCUGGUGGCUGGGCUUCCUUAUCUCGGCUGGCAUGGUGGCACUGGCCGCCAGUCCCUACUUCUUCUUCCCCAGGGAGAUGCCCAAAGAGAAGCAUGAACUUAGCUUCCGAAGAAAGGUCUUGGCAGGUGCAACCUCACCUGUCAGCAAGAGUGAGAACUCUCCCUCUGAGCAGAAUCCCUGGGGGUCCCUGAAGAAGCAGGAUGGCCUAGCCCAGAUUGCACCAAACCUGACUGUGAUCCAGUUCAUCAAAGUCUUCCCCAGGGUGCUGCUGCGGACACUGCGCCACCCCAUCUUCCUGCUGGUGGUCCUGUCCCAGGUGUGCAUGUCGUGCAUGGUGGCAGGCAUGGCCACCUUCCUGCCUAAGUUCCUGGAGCGCCAGUUUUCCAUCACAGCCUCCUAUGCCAACCUACUCAUUGGCUGCCUCACCAUUCCCUCGGCCAUCGUGGGCAUCGUGGUGGGGGGUGGCCUGGUCAAGCGCCUCCACCUGAGCCCCAUGCGCUGUGGCACCCUUUGCCUGCUGGGGUCGCUGUUCUGCCUGCUUUUCAACCUGCCCCUCUUCUUCAUCGGCUGCUCUACCCACCAGAUUGCAGGCAUCAUCCACCAGCCCAGCACACAGCCCGGGCUGGAGUUGUUUCCAGGCUGUGCAGAGCCCUGCUCCUGCCCAUCAGAGGACUUCAACCCUGUCUGCGACCUCAGCACCCGAGUGGAGUACAUCACGCCCUGCCAUGCCGGCUGCACAAGCCGGGUGGUCCAGGAGGGCCUGGACCAAAGCCAGGUUUUCUACACCAACUGCAGCUGCGUGAGGGCGGGUAGUCCAGUGCUCGCGGGCUCCUGCGACUCGGCCUGCAGCCACCUGGUGCUGCCCUUCAUUCUCCUGGUCAGCCUGGGGGCGGCGCUGGCCAGCAUCACCCACACUCCCUCCUUCAUGCUCAUCCUAAGGGGAGUGAAGAAAGAAGACAAGACUUUGGCUGUGGGGAUCCAGUUCAUGCUCCUGAGAGUUUUGGCCUGGAUGCCCAGCCCUGUGAUCCACGGCAGCGCCAUCGAUACCACCUGUGUGCACUGGGCCCUGAGCUGUGGGCGGCGAGCUGUCUGCCGCUACUACGACAAUGACCUGCUCCGGAACCGGUUCAUUGGCCUCCAGUUCUUCUUCAAAACGGGCUCCCUGGUGUGCUUCGCCUUGGUUUUGGCCAUCCUGAGGCAGCAGAACAAAGAGGCAGGGACCAAAGCAAGCAAUCGCAGCCCAGGCCUAGAGCAGCAACUGUUGGUGUCAGGGCCAAAGAAGCAGCCAGAGGAUUCCAGUGUGUGAGCUGUCCCUGGGUCUCACCUGUCCAAGAGUGGGAGUCACAGAGGUACCUCCUCUGAGUGCUUUGACCAAGAUUGGGUGUCAGCAGCACUGUGUUCCUAUUCUAGCUCCUCCACUAAAUUGCUGUGUGACUUUGGACAAGCUACUGGCCCUCUUUGGGCCUUUGCUUAUUGGAACCAAGGAAUUAUUUGGGGGUUUGCUGUGUUGGUCACUUGUAAAGCAAGAGGGUCUUCCCUGUUCCUUCCCCAGCCAGACAGUUGACUUAGAACCAAGCUUUCCUGGGUGGAAAGACUGCAUAUCUCUCUUGGGCCUUAGGGGAGGGAAGUAGCACACAGUAGUCCAGGCUGCCCUCCGUGUCAGGCCACAGCCCAGCACCCUGAGUCCCAGGCGCCUCCUGUCAGGUGGGAAUGGGCUUGCCAGAUGCCAGGCUUCUUUAGCUCUGACCAUCUCUGUGGUCAGGAUCCACUCAGGUAUCCCCAGCCUCAGUCCCAGGCCACCUUCAAGACAUGUCUACUUGGCGCCCCCUGGAGUCCAAGACUGGUACUGGCCUCUAAAGGGAGCCCCACUGGGAAGAGAGCUGGCCUCACACAGGGCCUCUCAGCAUCGGGUGGAGGGAGCCUUAGCUGAGGCCGGAGACUCACUCUUUGGCUCGGAAGUUCCAGCCCUUAUCCUCAGGGAGCCACAGUUUAGGAGUGAGGCUGAGUCUUGCCUUAGAGGCCCCAGAAUGCAGCGGGAGACAGUUCCACACUAACUUCAAAGACCAAACAUAUACUCAGAUGCACUCACGGCUCUCUCCACACUGUGGAGAUCUCAAACACAUUUGACCAGGGGCCACUUUUGUGACUGUUGCGAACAAUAACCUACUCUCCCCCAUUUCCUUCCCAGUGCCCGAGUCUGUAUCACUGGGGUUGUGUAAUGUCUGAUUCAGUGACACUCAGGUUGAAGGUAGCAUCUGGUUCUCUGGGAUAUCUGGAUCAGUGUGACACAGGCCUGUCACACUUGGAAUAGUAAUGCCCAGCUCUGCACAAUGAGUGACCCUGCAGCACAGUUGGGGCUGAACCCCGGGAUCCUUUGCUUCAUCAGGCCUUGUCUGGUUUUCUGGCCAGUUUUAUCUGGUCUGGUUAUUUCUCAGGAGGAAAGGAUCUCCUGAUCUGCUUCCAGCCCUUCUGUUGCUACCACAUACCUGACUUGGCUGGGACCUACUGCUGGGGAGGCAGAGACUCUCCUACCCCUGUGUGCCCAGCCCUGAGUGGGGGGCUGGGAGAAGCUGGACUGACUUGUGUCCUCUGAACAGCUCUCAGUGCCAGCGCUCUGGGGCUUUCCCAACUGAAAGGAGAAGAAGGAAGAAUAGAUGUUCUAAUUCCUGCUUUAUUCUACUGAUUGACUGUAAAUGUUUAACAAAUAUCUGAGCCUGCAUUUAUCAAUGCCAAGAAUUUCAAAGUCUCCUCCAACCAGAUGAGGCUUUCAGUAUGUUUAUAUUUCUUCUCUUUCCCUCCUGUUGCCCAGGUUUUGCAGAUAAUCUGAAAUUAUAGAUAUUGCUUAUUAUUAAAUUUGUUCAUGCA